AUGGUUGCUAAUGUUUAUGCAAGUUGUUUACAAGUUAAAAUACUUUCAGCUCAUUCGACGUUUGAUAAAAUACAGGAUGUAGUAGUGAAAGUACAAUACAACAACACUAGUAAUAGAACAAUAUCGAUUUAUAACUGGUGCUUUCCAGACAACGAAUUAAAUGGUCCAUUAUUCAAAGUAGCCUGUGAUGAUAUUCCUGUUGAUUACAUUGGUCCAUUAAUAAAACGGUGUCAGCCGACUGUUAAAAAUAUGACUCCUCUAGAACCUGGUAAAACAACAGUCACUCAAGUUCGUUUAUCAUCAUCAUAUGAUAUGACCAAGACUGGCAUUUAUUCAAUCCAAUAUGAUAUGCCAGGUGAGCGUGUUGUUUUCAAACAUGCCCGAACAUUCGAAAAUACUAUUGUCAAAGCCAUUAGUAAACGUGAAUCUGGUCUCCCAUCAAAUAAUAUUCAAUUGGCAAUAGAAGGUCGUCCGAAUAUCCAGCAUGAACAACAUAACAUUAUGAAUGUGCUUAGAAGAGCAGCUACUCUUUCUUAUGUUUCUUGUUCAACGACCCAAAAAUCUCAGAUAAUGAAUGCAGUCUCAUGGGCUCUUAGAUAUGCCAAUAAUUCGUUCAUUUAUUUGAAUAAGACAAAGCCUUGUGGAACAAAUCGUUAUAAGACAUGGUUUGGUACAUUUAUGUUGGCCAAUUGGAAUAAACAAAAGUUACACUUUCAAAAUCUCAAAAAUGUAUUGAAUUCGAAGUCUAUGACUUUCGAUUGUGGAUGUAAUGAUGCCGGCAUUUAUGCAUAUGUUUACAGGAAUCAACCAUACAGAAUCCACUUAUGUUCUUUGUUCUGGUCGGCUUCAAUGACAGGCACAGACUCAAAAGCCGGCACACUUAUCCAUGAAAGUUAG